CUGUAAAGGCUAUUAAAGCUUUUACUUUCAAACACAUGGGUACUAAAGAUGUUCGCCUCGAUCCUCUAUUGAAUAAAGAGAUUUGGAAACAAGGCAUUAAGAGUGUUCCUCAUCGUAUGCGUCUUCGUCUUUCACGUCGUCGUAAUGACGAAGAAGAUGCCAAGGAAAAAUUAUAUACUCAUGUUACUUAUGUACCUACAAUAUCAUUUAAAG